GCAGCGAGCUGUGCGAAGAUGAAGAAGCGAAAGUCGACGGCCUGGAGCCGAGCGGCACGGAAGAGAGACAGGAGAAAGAGGGAGAGAGAGAGAGAGAGCGGUUGCGACUCGGCGCCGGCAGAUGGCGGCGCGUCGCCGAGACGAUUCACGUCGAGCCCGCCGCGCUACAAUGUUUCCCCCGGCUCCGAUCAAUGCCGUCCGGCGUUGCGGCUCCGUUCUUUAAAAUCCAAAGGCCGUCGUUCGCCGUCCGGCCAGGUCGACUCCCUCUUAUUCUCGGCCACGCUCGUCGGUCUCGCGCGUGCGACUCACGACGUGAUCUCGGCGAUGACGCUGCAGGCGAUCACCUGGGACAACGGCAGGCUGGAGAUCUUGGACCAAACGCUGCUGCCGGAGACCACGCGCUCCGUCCUCAUCAGCGGCGUGGAGGAUGGCUGGCACGCGAUCAACAAGAUGCAGGUACGAGGUGCACCAGCCAUCGCUAUCGUCGGCUGUCUCAGCCUGGCAGCCGAGAUAUUGCCUGAAAAUAUCACUGAUAAAAAACGCUUCCGUCACGAGGUCGAGGGCAAGCUGAAUUACUUGGUGUCGGCGCGUCCGACCGCUGUUAACAUGAAGACGGCGGCCGACGAGCUUAUCACGCUGGUCAACAGCCUCAGCGAGAACGACAAGGUCACAGCGUGCGAGAUGAAAGACAGAUUCAUAAAUACCAUAGUUGCCAUGCUGGAGAAAGACGUGGCCGACAACCAGGCGAUCGGUAAUUACGGCGCUGACGAGAUCCUGCGCAGCGUGCCCGGGGACAGCUUUAUCAGGAUCCUCACGCACUGCAACACCGGCAGCCUCGCCACCGCCGGAUACGGCACCGCUCUGGGUGUCAUCAGAUCGCUCCGCAAGAGGAAGAAACUCGAUCAUGUGUACUGCACCGAGACGAGACCGUACAAUCAGGGCGCCCGUCUGACCGCCUACGAGCUGGUGCACGAUAAGAUACCGGCAACUCUAAUUUGCGACGACAUGGUCGCCGCGCUGCUGAAAAGCAAGCAGAUUACGGCGGUGGUCGUGGGCGCGGAUCGGGUCGCCGCCAGCGGCGACACCGCCAACAAGAUCGGCACUUAUCAGAUCGCGAUCCUCGCGAAACAUCACGGCGUUCCCUUCUACGUGGCUGCGCCGCGCACCUCCAUAGACUUCGCGAUAGCCAGUGGCGAUCAGAUCGUCAUCGAGGAGCGGCCCGAACGGGAGAUGACGCACAUCAAGGAGCAGAGGAUCGCAGCGCCGGGUAUACAGUGCUGGAAUCCGGCGUUCGACGUGACACCGGCGCACCUCAUCGCCGGCAUAAUCACGGAAGUCGGCGUUUACCGGCCGCCAGAGCUCAUACGACUGAGUACGGAGGAAAAUUUGGAGCGAACACGAAUUUCGUAAACUUUCUCGACUCAGUA